AUGCUCUUAACUUUAGUGGCCGGUGUGGAUUCUCUCCAGGCUAAUGUUGUCGAGGUUAUUUCUGAUGUCAACAGCAAUAACAAUUACAAGCGUGAAUACCCCUUGCCAUCCGUCGUCGCAUCAAGUACAGAUGACGGUCAUGUCAAGAUGCGCAAACAGUCCUCACCGUCACCAGUCGCCUACGACAAGUCGAGCGGUCGUCCACGGUUUCGACCACUCCGCGCAUUGUCCUCUUUUCGCUUCGACUCACCAUCAAUAACGUCUCAUCCUACUAACAAUAAUCAACGCAACCGACAUCAUCAUCAGCAUUACAAUGAACCAUCUUCCGCUAUUGCGACCGCUGCUGCAGCUGUUGACGCGCUCGCCGUACCUCCGCCCGUGCAUCCACUAGCACCAGUGGCGUCGCAUCAUUCCGACUGCAAGCAACAUGCGAGCAGCACCCACAGCAAUAAUACUGUCAGCACCUAUAGUCAGCAUACGCCACCAGAAACCAUUAGCGACAUACAAUACAUGUGGAUGGCUGGACGGAAAUAUCAUCAGUUACCAUCGUCGCCAUACAUGCUACCAUGCGACGAUGAUGAAGUCGACCGACUCCAUCUGUUACACUUUAUGGUCCGCUUUGCUAUUCAAGGCAAUUAUCUGGCGCCAGUGAGUGAUGUUUUACGGAAGGGCGGACGAGUGUUGGAUGUGGGAUGCGGCCCUGGAUCUUGGAGCAUGGAGAUCGCAGGCGAGUACCCCAAGUCCCAAGUGGUGGGAAUAGAUAUCAAUCCGAUGUUUCCACGAGAUAUCAAGCCAUCCAACUGCACGUUUCAUCAGUACAAUCUACUCGAUGGACUUCCAUUUGAAGAUGCGUCUUUUGAUUACAUAUUCAUACGCUUUAUCGGACUCGGUGUGAGAGCCAAACAAUGGCCCAUAAUACUCGGCGAUCUUGCACGAUUACUCAAACCAGGAGGAUGGAUUGAGCUUGCAGAACCAGACACGGAAUUGUAUCGCGCAGGACCUAAAACACUCGAGUUGAGCACCAAGUUGAAGCAAGUGAUGGAAAUGCAGCAUAUCGACCCACAGAUGGGCAGAUCUCUGAAGGGGCGACUGGAAAAGCGUGAUGAGUUAACAAACGUGACCACGACCUUUAUUUCCUGUCCGGGUGGACAAUGGGCGGGCAAGUUGGGCCAACUGACCUUGCAGUCAUGGCAGGCCUAUUACCAGGCACUUGGUCCGCAGAUUUGCCAUGCACUGGCCAUCCCUGCAAAGCAGUAUGAAGAGCAUCUUAAGGCAUGCUUGAGUGAAGCAAACGAAUACAAAACGUUUGAAAAUGUUCAUUUUGCUUAUGCUCAAAAGAAGCCUGCUAGCACCACCACCACCGCUGCUUCGUAA